AGGAGAGAUUACGUGGUAUUUGAAACACCGCUCGUCUACCAACAAAACCUUCCAAAACCCUUGGCGGCUGUGCGGCGAAGAGCGGUCCUUCCCCCCUCCCUCUCUCAAAACCCCCAAAUUGUUCUGGGGAUAUUUUAGGGUUUUAUCGUACACUCUGAAGAAAGAUCAGUUUUUGUUUCAACCCAUAUUAUUUUGAUCAUGGCUGCUGUUACUCCUUCUGCAGAUCAAACUGCAGAUUUGCUGCAGAAUUUGAACUUGGAUUCUCAAACAAAGACUUUAGAAGUUUCUGAUGCCACUAAGAAGACCUCUGUUUACCGGUAUGGCUCAGCCAAUCUGGGGAAUGUUCUAAAUGGUCAGCUCCAGCAAGGUGUGGAUCCAACUAUGUGCUACACUCCUAAUGGCUUUGCCCCUACUCCCUAUUACUAUGGAAGUAAUGAAUGGGACAACUAUUCUAGAUAUGCGAAUUCAGAGGGGAUGGAUAUGUCCUCUGCAAUUUAUGGUGACAGUGCGCCUGUUAUGUAUAACAAUGGCUAUGCAUAUCCCACGUAUGGCCCAUACUCUCCUGCAGCUACCCCAAUUCCUACCAUGGGGAAUGAUGGUCAGCUAUAUGGACCUCAGCACUAUCAAUAUCCUACUUAUUUCCAUCCAACUACGACCUCUGGGCAAAUGACUUCGAAUUCAGUGGCCCCUCCACAGGAUGCUUUCUCCACCUCCACUGCUGGUGAUCGGAAGGCUUUGUCUGUGGAAACAUCCAAAAGCAAUUCUAAUGGCACUGCAAAUAAUGGGGUUGCAAAGGCAAACAAUGGUCCUGUUCUGUUUAAACCAACUCACAAUAACUCGUUCACUCCAAGUAACAUCAAUGGGGGUGCUUCGACAGGGGGUAUUCCCUCUUCUGGCUUUCCCGGUCCAAGAUUUGAUGGGCCUCUUACUGGUGCCGGAGUUACGUCCUCAUUCUCAAAAUCAAAGAACAGUUCGUUCCAGAGUAUACAGAAUUACAAUCCAAAUUCUCACUACAUGGGCUUUCACAACCCUAGUCCUCUGGCUGGCAUGGGUUCAACACAUGGGAUGUAUCCAAAUGAAUUUUAUGGUCACUAUGGAGGUGCCUAUAGAUCUGGUAUUGGCUAUGGAUCCACUGGUUAUGGUUCAAGAACAAAUGGACGUGGGUGGCUUGCCGCUGAUGGCAAGUGCAGACCUAGGGACCGGGGUUAUGGCUAUGGUGGUUAUGGCAAUGAGAAUGUUGAUGGUCUGAACGAGCUGAAUAGGGGACCUCGGUCAAAUGGACCUAAAAACCAGAGGGGUUUUGUGCCCAACACUUAUGCAGAUAAUGUUCAGAAUGGAUCAUCAGAUGAAAGAAGUGGAGAAGAGAAAGCCAAGACCAGUGUGUUCCCAGGCUCGAAAGAGUUAAAUAAAGCAGAUUUCGCUGUGGAUUAUGCCAAUGCAAAGUUCUUCAUUAUUAAGUCAUACAGUGAGGAUGAUGUCCAUAAGAGUAUCAAGUACAAUGUCUGGGCGAGCACACCGAAUGGAAAUAAGAAGCUUGAUGCAUCAUAUCAAGAGGCUCAGCAGUUAUCUGACGGCUGCCCUGUAUUCCUUUUUUUCUCGGUCAAUACUAGUGGACAGUUUGUCGGCCUUGCAGAAAUGGUUGGUCCAGUUGAUUUUGACAAAACUGUGGAAUAUUGGCAACAAGAUAAGUGGACUGGUUGUUUCCCGGUUAAGUGGCACAUUGUUAAGGAUGUGCCAAACAAUUUACUUAAACAUAUUAUCCUUGAGAACAAUGAGAAUAAACCAGUCACCAACAGCAGGGACACUCAAGAGGUCAAGUUGGCGCAUGGUCUUAAGAUGAUCAAGAUAUUCAAGGAUCAUUCUAGUAAAACAUCAAUUUUGGAUGAUCUUGGGUUUUAUGAGGCCCGGCAAAAGAUAAUUCAGGAAAAGAAGGCAAAGCAGCAGCAGCUCCAGAAACUGGUGUGGGAUAGAAAGCCCAUGGAAGAGAAGAAAGAAACUGCGAAUGGAUCGGAGCAGGUUUCAUUAGAGGUUGCAUCAGAUUUGAGUGAGGAACCCACUUCAACAAAGCUCCCUAAUAGUGAACAUCUUCAUAAUGGAUCGGCUGCAAUAGAUGGUGAGGCUCCCAAAGGUGGCAAAUCAGUUGUGUCUGAGAAAAUAGCUAAUGGGAUGGCAAAUGGAUGCUAAGCAUCUGCUGACACAGUGGCAUCUAUGGUAUGGUUGGAGUUGAUCUCAAAAGUUUUCCCAUACAGAAGUUGCAUGGUGUUUUUAUUAUCUUCAACGAGGCUGCCACAGAGAAGAUCCGUCUUGGUGCUUUGAAGACUCGGAUAUGGCUUUUCUAGGAAGUCUAGAUCCAAGUAUUGAACCCAUGUACUCAAUUUUUACUUUUCAUGCCAAUUGGCUCCUUGUGAGAUUCAUUCCUCAGGGAGUUUAGGUUUAGGUUUAUCUGACAUGGUUGGUGUAUUUUUUUUUGGAUAUACUUGGUAGCGAGGGGGCUUUACUUGUAUUAGUAAGAGGGCUCAUAAUAUAAGUUGGAAUGAGAUUAGCUUUUGCUUUUGUGUCCA